GUGUGACACCCCCCCCCCCCUUAUAAAUAUAUUUUAAAAGUAUUUUAAAUUGAACACUAUUAUAAAUGCUGGAGACAAAGCAGGGUUUGAGGUGGAGGCUGACAGCUUGCGACCCCCAGUAAUAACCUUGUGACCCCCUGAGGUUAAUUUAACUUUAGCACCUUGUGUCCAUUCACAUGCAUGUGCUAUUUUGAGCAUUUCAGUUUUCACAACAUAGGCUCAUCCCAGAUUCUGGAACAAGCUCAAAUGCUCAGUUCAUGGAGUUUGUACAUAAGCUGUACUAAAGACAAACCCACGGUAACCGUCUCCAGUUUGUGAGGGACCCCAUGGAGCCAGUCUCUAGGAAACAGAUACAUUCAUGGAGGUUAAGUCCAUUAAUGGCUAUUAGCCAGGAUGAGUAAGGAAUGGUGUCCCUAGCCUCGUUUGUCAGAGGGUGGAGAUGGAUGGCAGGAGAGAGAUCACUUGAUCAUUGCCUGUUAGGUUCAUUCCCUCUGGGGCAGUUGGCAUUGGCCACUGUCGAUAGACAGGAUACUGGAUGGACCUUUGGUCUGACCCAAUAUGGCCAUUCUUAUGUUCUAACCUAAAUGAACCCAAAGUUAUGGAGACAGAUAUGAGUCGAGGAAGCCAGCAGAGUAUCAGAAACCUGGAAAAAUCUCUGACUGGAUGGGCUCAGGCGUUUGGUCACAAGCUGAGGUGGUUCAAAAAUUUUGGAUAUUUUUUAAGCAGAAAUUUUUUAUUGUUUCUUUAAACAAACAUAGCAAGCAUCAAAUAUUUGGCCACACACUUCUGCAACCCCAAACCAUGUUCAGGUUUUGGCAGACUAAUUUCAGCUUUUCAAUUAAACAAACCACAACAUAUUUUGAAGGAAAGUAGACAUUGUCCGUGAUUUUUUUUUCUGCUUUUUAAAAAACCCCUAGUUUUCGAUCCAAAAAAAGUUUUGACAGAAAAUAUUUGUCCAACCCUUUUAAUGAGCUUUAGUGCCUUUUAGCAUUAGUUGAUGCUGAGAACCAGUGAUACCUUGUAAAGGUGACCUGAAAAGAAGUUUUCACAAAACUGGGUUUGUGCUGAGAUGUGGAAGGUUUUUAAAAGUUUAUUUUUCCCAGGGCUGCCGGUUGUGUGCGUGGGGACAAGUGGGGCAAUUUGCCUCAGGCCCCGCAGAGGCCCCCACGAGAAUACAGUAUUCUAUAGUAUAGCAACUUUUUUUAUGGAAGGGACCCCUGAAAUUGCUCUGCCCCAGGCCCCCUGAAUCCUCUGAGCGGCCCUGACAGGAAGAGCGUUCCUUGUGUGUCGGCGAGUCCCAGAGCUGUUGCCCUCACAGACUCAGUCAGGAUCAACCCCCUCUUAGCAGUGGCAGUGGGUGAUCUAGCUAGUAAGUGCAAAGGCCCAGGACAAUGGGGCACUCACCAGUUCUCCCAGGGCAAGGGAAGAAGAUAAAAAGCACUGCAUGGGGAGUAGGGGGGAGGGAUGAGAGGGAGUUAGAGGGGCUGACACAACAUGGCCAGGGGGAAUCCCCCAAAGUGGCACCUUCGGUUCUGCUCUUUUUCCAGCAUGUGGCUCAGAGACGCUGUUACUGGGAGGGUUUAUUGGUGCCCCGGUGGGUUCAGUUCUGCCAGGAGGGGCCUGGCCUGGGUUCUAAUAAACUAAAUGGGUUUCUUGCCAGUGUGGCAAGAGUCCAGCGUGUCUGUCUGCAGGGAGAGAGCCUGGGCGGAAUCAGGGUGUGACAUGGACUGAAGCCCCUUCUGUAACCUCCCCCAUAGCCCCUCUCGCCCUGACAGGCUGAGGAAUCACGUCCACAUUUAACUCCAGUUCAUCCCGUCGUGCAGGAGGUGGGGAAGGGAAAUGGCUGUGAUGGAGCCAGCUCAGAUGCCAGUGACCUUCGAGGAGGUGGCUGUGUAUUUCACCCAGGAGCAGGGGGCUCUGCUGGACCCCGCUCAGAAAGACCUCUACAGGGACGUCAUGCGGGAGAACUAUGAGGCGGUGACCUCACUGGGAUUUCCCAUUCCCAAACCUGACCUGAUCGCACAGCUGGAACAAGGGGAAGAGCCGUGGGUACCCGAUCUCCAGGCCAGUGAGGAAAGAGAGGUCCUGAGAUGCACCUGCACAGCAGGUGCUGAGAGAGUCGGUGAGAAGGAAGAGGGGAAUCAUCAUGAGGAAGAUCCUGAGGAAGUGGAACAACAGUGCACAUUUAUGGGAAGAGCUGAAGGGAAUUUUUCCCAGUGCUGGGAAGAGGGGGAAGCCUGGGGAAAUUGGCACAGUGAUGUUUAGGAAAUAGAAGGUUACUUCACAAGCCUGUUGUUCAGCCAAGACGUGCUGUCGAGAUGCUGUAAAAAUGAUCCUUUCUUCUCUGAUCUGCCCAAGCGUUAUUCGGGGUUUUAGCGAGGGAGUGUGAGUCGGAAGUCGAACAUCUCCAGUCCCAUCUGGAACGCCCUGACAUUGACAUUGGACUGGAACUUGAUGAAAUGAUUCUGUGAAGGACUCUUUGCAAUUCUAAAGCAUCAUCUCUACAGUGAAACUGACCUAAGGACUCGAUGCAUCUCUGUAUGGAUAAUAAUCGUUUAAGCAGCACACUCUCUCUUUUCUUCUUUUAAUAAAUCUUAGUUGAGUUAAUAAGAA